AUGGCCGCUGCUGAAGACGCCUCUGGCGAUAAUCAUCUCAACAACCUCCCCGCCCCUGUGCCCGACCCAGUGACGGGCCGUCUCGACCCCAACGACCCGACCGUCAAGGCCCUCACCGAGGCCGCGUUGAAUAUGGACAAGAGCAAGAUCCCCAGGCCAUACAAGUGCCCUUUGUGUGAUAGGGCUUUCUACAGAUUAGAACACCAGACGAGACAUAUUCGCACGCAUACGGGUGAAAAACCACAUGCUUGUACGCAUCCGGGCUGUGAUAAGCGGUUCUCUAGAUCGGACGAGUUGACGAGGCAUGCGAGGAUCCAUCUGCCUACGUCGAAUGAUUCAAAUGGUAUCAACAAGGGUAAACACAAGUACCAGGAUGAUGAGCUUGAGCAUCACGAUGACCACCGAUCCCAUCCCAUGGGCCACCUCGGCCCAUCGUACAAUAUGGACGUCGACCGCAACGCUUAUCCCUACAACCUCCACUCUAUCCAAAUGUCUGGCCCCAGCGGCGGUAUCAGCGACAUCUCUGCCCUUGCCGCGGCUGCUUCCGACCAGCUCAUCGAGAUCGAGCGCCACGAAGCCUUCCGACGCGCCGAGUGGGAGCUGCGUCACAGGCAAAUAGCGGGCGCGAGGAAGAGCAACGGCAACAGCCCUGUCGGUACACCUGGGAGCGGGUCUGGAGGCGGGGGUGGCGCGCCGUAUGGGUUUUCGAAUGAGCGCGAGAGAAUGUCGAUGAGUGCGGCGCCAAGUGGGGCGAAUGGGAAUUCGUUGGUGUAUCCCGUUUCGGCGCCGCAAGCUGCCACAGGAACGUUGCCGGCUGUACCAGCUGGCUCCCUUGCCGACCCGACGUACCUCGUCCCGCCUUCGUGCUGCCAUGAAGAGUGCCACAAGAGCUAUCGCAAGCGACUCAAGCUUGCCAAGCAGACUGCGGCUUGCCCCAACUGUUUGACUUUUGCGCACCCGAGUAAUACGUUUGGUGGACCUGGUCUUGGUGGAGCUGGGCAUGGUGCAGGUGGUGGAGGAGGAGAUGGGAGUCAUCAUUCUAGCAACUCCAACACGCCUCGAGAUGGGAGGUCGAACCAUAAUUCCGCCGAGGACCUCACCAAAUUCGCUUCGGGCCAGCAGGGCAACCACUACAGCAUGAACCAGCCCCAACCCAACCUUUCGCAAGAGCUCGCUUCCUUGCAGUACCAACACAUGCAAGCUCUCCAGCGAGCCCGGCUCGGGCCAUACGGCACCCCUGCUUCGUCCGCUUCCCACUCUCGCUCACACUCUCACUCUGCUUCGCCUGCUAUGCAGAUCCCCAACAAUGGCAGCAACAACCACCUCCGGCCUUAUACCGUCGAUCUCCACUCUCAUCGUGGCGGUCUUGCCUCGGCGCACCAAUCUGCUGCGCCCAGCCCGUCGUCUAGCGAUGAUAGCGACGACGAGCACAUGGGCGAGCUCAUGCCCCAUGCGGCUUUCGAGUUUACGCCAGCUACGAGUCCAGUCUUGAGCGGUAUGCGUCAGAUGUCUUUAUGGCAGCAGGGCAAGGCCUUGACAGCGCCCCCUUCGAGAGCUACGAGCCCUGUGCACAACCUCUCGCGUAAUCCGUCCAGGCCAGGCUCGCCAGAGGGCCACAGUGCCAACUCUGGCAAACAUGGUCAUACUUCGCACUCUGCCCGAGACGCCAAGAACCGAUCGCACCCUUAUACCCACCAUUACUCCACCACGCCCAACUCGCCCUACCUCCCCCAGGCAAUGAAGACCCGCAUGUCUCCUCCGAAACUCAACCACUCUCUUAGCGCUGCGAACCAAAGCGGCGGCGGGGGCAAGAGUGUUCAGGAUAUAUUGAACGCGCCGUCUAUCCCGCCACCGCCUAGUGAUAGGAUGCUGCCGCCUCCGAAUGCAAACUCUGGUGCGAAUGGGUAUACUUCGUCAGCGCCGAGUGUGAACUAUUCGUACUCUUCUCAGCCUACCUCUGCGCACCAGAGCCCGUCUACCUCGCGUGCGUCUUCGCCGGUACAUGGUCAAUCUACAAACAAUCAGAACCAUAUCGCGCACGGCGUCCGCGCCGCAUUCGGUAUGACUCCGAUCAUGCAGCAGAGGGAAGCGUCCAAGCAAGCGGGUGGCAGUUUUAGCCCACCACACAAGCUUGCGCCGUUAGGGCUGGCGGGGGAUGGGACGAGGUUGCCGAGUAUGAGUAGGGGGAGCAGUCCGGUGCACUUUGGGGUUGGAGGGGUGGGGAUGGAGUUGGAUGGUCAGGCUUGA